CAGGAAGUAAAACAACAUUUCACUUUCAUUUUAGGUUUCUACACAUCAACUGAAAAGGGAAAAUGCCUGAAAUUAAAAUUAUUCUGAUUGGGGGUCGAGAUCUGAGGACAAUAGAAGCGAGUGGAAAAAGUUUGACAGGAAACAUCAUUCUGGGCAGAGAUGCUUUUGAAGUUGGAAGAAGAACUGCCCGGUGUGUUAAAGCAGAGGGAGAGAUACAUGGUAGACAUGUGACUGUGGUUGACACCCCAGGCUGGUGGUGGCAUUACCCUGUGAAAGAUACUCCAAAAUUUGACAUGAUGGAAAUUAUGAAAAGCCCAACACUGUGUUCCCCUGGACCUCACGCCUUCCUUCUGGUCAUUCCUGUAGAUAAUGUGUUUCCACAAGUCUAUAGAAUGGCCAUGGAAGGACAUAUGGAGUUUUUGUCAGAAAACGUUUGGAAACACAUUAUAGUGCUGUUCAGCUGCAUAUCUCCACACGAUGAUGGAUCUUUAAAAAAACAUUGGAGAAACUGGCCAGACCUGCAACUGGUUCUGAGAAAGUGUCAGAACCGGUAUCAUGUUCUUAAUAUUACAGACAGGGAUGACUGCUCUCAAGUGAUCACUCUGCUGGAAAAAAUUGAGGAAAUGGUAGCACAAAACAAUCCCAAUUACUUUGAAAUUAGCAAAAGUGUGUCAAUGGAGGAUGAGAGAGAGAGAAUGAAAAAGGAAAAGGUCAAACAGAGAAUCCUUGCUGUCAAGAAUCGAAGGACAGAACUACAGGCACGCAUUAAAGCUGAGGACCAACAUCUCACUGAUAUACAGAUUGUAAUACUUGGAGCAUCAUGGGCUGCACGGAGCUCUGCAGGGAACCUCAUUCUGGGCAAAACAGCUUUUAAAGUUGGCAAAUUGAGAACAACAGUAUGUGAAGUUAGGCAUGCUGAAGUGCUUGGAAAAGAUCUGACAGUAGUUGAUACUCCUGGCUGGUUCUGGGAAAAUACUCUUGAAAAGACAUCAGCAAUUGAUAAAAUGGAGAUUAGGCACAGUGUGCAUCUUUGUCCUCCUGGUCCACAUGCUAUUCUGCUAACUGUACCCAUUGCCACAACAUUUAAUAAAUCCUACCAAACAGCUGUGGAAGAACACAUGAGUCUUUUAGGGAAGGAUGUGUGGAGCCAUACAUUUGUUUUAUUCACCAGAGGAGACUGGCUUGGGGAUACAACCAUUGAGGAACGUAUUGUAGAAGAAGGAGAGCAUCUUGAGUGGCUAAUGGAACGGUGUGGGUACAGAUACCAUGUUUUCAACUGUAAAAAUCACACUGACAGCACACAAGUCAAAGAGCUCAUUGAGAAGAUUGAGGAAAUGGUGAUGGAAAAUAAUGGCUGCUGUUAUGAGCCAGAUGAAAAGAGCAAUCCAUCCACUGAGCUUCAGCUGAAGAUGAAGAAAGCCAAAAAAGAUACAAAGAAAAGGUUCAGACAAAAACAUAUCCUUCAAGAGCUGCUCAAAGAAAGAGAAAAAAAACUAUCAGAAAUUAGGAUUGUGCUUCUUGGGGGAGAAAGGGUUGGGAAAAGUACAACAGGAAACACUGUUAUACAAGGACAACCUUUUGAAACAACUCUAGAUGAGGGAUUUAAAGACCAGAGAAGAACAAGUCAAUGUAUAAUGAAACAGGGGAAAGUUGAAGGAUGUCACGUCUCUGUGGUGGACACACCAGGCUGGUCAGCAUCCCAUUUGGAAAACGCCAAAGAAAUUUUACGCAGUGUGACAGUUUGUUCACCAGGGCCACAUGCAUUCCUGCUUGUGUUACCUCUGAGUGAGUGUUUUUCCAAAAAAUCUGAACAAACAGUGAUGGAGCUCAUGAGCCUCUUUGGGCAGCAUGUCUGGAAACAUACUCUGAUUAUAUUCUCUGGUUACUGGCUGAAGGACAGACCAGUUGAGCAGUACAUUGCGUGUGAAGGAGAACCCUUGCAGAGCUUGAUAAAAAAGUGUGGAAACAGAUAUUAUGAACUAGACCAUAUGAGUCAAAUCAAAAAUCUGCUUAAUAAGAUUGAAAUGAUGGUGGCCAGAAACAGAGGAGAAUACUUUACUAUAGAAAAGGAAGAAAAGAAGUCAUCCAUGUCCGUCUUUCAGAAACCACUCACCGAGGAGGAGUGGAACAAACGUGAGGAUGAACUCAUAGAAAGGCUCUUGGAGGCUGCAGAUAUGGAUCUGGAGGGAGAAUUCAAGCAGCCAACAGGCAGACGACGGGGAAGCUUUAACUACAUUAUCCCUAGCAUGAGUGGAGAUUCGUUGUCUGAUAGCAGCAGUUCGAUUGGAGUCGAUGCUCUUAAUCCUGCAUUCAAAGUAUUUCAAUGGCUCUGGCAUCCGAGAAAUAAAGCAACAUCAUCCGGAUAUGAGACUGAGAGUACUACAUCAAGUUCUCAGCAUUCAAAAACAGAAGGUAUCCAUGAUGACAUUCCAUUUCCACAAAACCAUCCUAGUGACAAUGGCACUCCAAAAUGCACAAGAAACAUAAGAGAACAAAAACAUGCGAGAUCAUCUUCAAUAUAGAAUCCAAAUAAAAUCCACCACUGUGCACACGUCCAAUGUACUGUAAAUCAGCGAUGACAGGGUAAAAUACCUCAAUAUGAUCAGCUUAGCUCUAGUACUUUUGUCUACAUUGCAUUGCUGAUUUUGCUGUGCCCUGCAGUAUGGUAUAUACUGUAUGAAUGUAUUUUUGCACCAUUUGUGUAAGUAUUAUUUGUAUUACCUUUUUUGAAAAAUCUACUAAGUUCAAAUAAUAAUGUAUAAAGUGUUAUGUGUCAUAUA